AACAAAGGAAGUUGAUAGACAAAUUCGGACUACGGAGAAAGCAAGGAAAACAAGAUAACGCGUCUUUACAUUGCAAGCCUACAAUGGGAGUACCGGCAUUUUUUCGCUGGUUAAGUCGAAAAAAUCCAUCCAUUCUUGUGCACUGCAUCGAAGAAAAGCCCCGAGAAGUCAAUGGUGUAAAGAUCCCUGUAGACACAAGCCAACCUAAUCCUAAUGACUAUGAGUUUGAUAACCUCUAUCUGGACAUGAAUGGGAUUAUCCACCCCUGUUGUCAUCCAGAGGACAAACCUGCUCCAAAGAAUGAAGAUGAGAUGAUGAUUCUAAUCUUUGAGUACAUAGACAGAAUUUUCUCAAUAGUGCGACCCAGAAAAUUACUUUACAUGGCAAUUGAUGGUGUGGCACCUAGAGCCAAAAUGAAUCAACAGAGAUCUAGAAGAUUUAGAGCAUCCAAAGAAACUAAAGAGAAAAUUGAAGAGAUGUCUCGUCUAAGGGAUGAACUGACUACGAAGGGUUUUAAUCUCCCACCAGAAAAGGAAAAGGGAGAGCACUUUGACAGUAACUGUAUCACCCCGGGUACCCCUUUCAUGUUCCGACUGGCAGACUGUCUGCGGUACUAUAUACACGAAAGACUGAACAAUGACCCUGGCUGGCAGAACAUCAAGAUCAUUCUGUCUGAUGCCAAUGUUCCUGGGGAAGGCGAACACAAAAUCAUGGACUACAUCAGGAAGCAAAGAGCCCAGCCAGACCAUGACCCAAACACAAAGCACUGUCUCUGUGGAGCAGAUGCGGAUCUGCUCAUGCUGGGACUAGCUACACAUGAGCCACAUUUCACCAUCAUCAGAGAGGAAUUCAAACCGAACCAGCCAAGGCCAUGUGACCUGUGUGGUCAGUUAGGUCAUGAGAUGAAAGAGUGCAUGGGUCUACCCAAGGAGAUGUGUGGAGAGAAUGAUGAAUUACCCAAAGUAAUGGGAGCAGAGCAGGAGUUUAUAUUUAUCAGGUUAAAUAUUUUGCGAGAAUAUUUAGAAAGAGAGCUUUUAAUGGACAACCUACCUUUCAAAUAUGACUUUGAGAGAGCCAUAGAUGACUGGGUCUUCAUGUGUUUCUUUGUGGGAAAUGAUUUCCUGCCACAUCUGCCUUCUCUGGAGAUCAGGGAGGGUGCAAUUGACAGACUGGUCAAAUUGUACAAAAGCUGUGUAAGAAGAACUGGGGGAUAUCUCACAAACAGCGGUGUGGUGAAUCUGGAGCGAGUACAAGUUGUCAUGUCAGAUCUUGGGGAAGUGGAAGAUGAAAUUUUCAAGCGGAGAAGAGAUACUGAGCUGGAAUUUAGAAGACGAAACAAACAGAGGAAGGAAAGAGAAAAAAGGUUUUCACAGGGUCCCCGCUGGACCCCAGGUGGACAGUUUGCCCCUCAGCCUGUGGGUCACUCUCAUAGUGGCCCCUCUGCAGUCAGUAACCCCCGACAGGAGGCGGCCAGAGGACGGAUGGACACUAUGAGGGAUUCAGCUAAUAAAAAUGCUGCAGCUGAACUUAAAGCUAUGAUGACAAAAGAUGAUCAGCGAGGUGAGAAAAGAAAAGCAGAGGACCAGUCUAAGCCAAAUGAUGAGGAGGAGGAUGAGGAACCAGCUGAUGAAGUCAGGUUGUGGGAGGAUGGAUGGAAGGACAGGUACUAUAGCUCUAAGUUCGGGGUUGACGGCUCAGACCAGGAGUUCAGACGGACAGUGGCCAAUCACUAUGUCCGGGGCCUGUGCUGGGUACUUAGGUACUACUACCAGGGCUGCGCCUCCUGGAAGUGGUACUUCCCUUACCAUUACGCUCCGUUCGCCUCAGACUUUGUCAACAUAGGGCAGCUAUCCAACUCUUUUGAGAAGCAAACCGUCCCUUUUCGGCCAUUAGAGCAGUUGAUGGGCGUGUUCCCAGCAGCCAGUAAGAAACAUCUACCAGUCACAUGGCAGAGACUUAUGUGUGAUCCAGAAUCUCCCAUCAUUGAUUUUUAUCCUAUUGAUUUUAAAAUUGAUCUCAAUGGCAAAAAGUAUGCUUGGCAAGGUGUGGCAUUGCUGCCGUUUGUGGAUGAGAAAAGGUUAUUAUCCGCCCUUGAGAAGGUUUAUCCUGACCUCACAGAUGAAGAACGUGAGAGGAAUACCUGGGGCAGUGACCGACUGUUUGUGGGCAUAAGACAUCCCUCCUAUUCGUUUUUUGAGGGCUUAUAUGAAGGAGAAUUAACCAAGGAGGGUGUAAAAGUAGACCCCAAGAAUGCUGAAGGCAUGGGGGGACUUGUGUGGGCGGAUCAAAGAGCGACAUUAACAGGGGGGACGGUGGAGUCCCCUCUUAAAGAACUUCAACCCAUCACAGACAACAGAGCACUAAGUGUUCACUUUAAAGACCCAGUGUAUGAUGAGGAUUACUUGUUUGAGUCUGUGGUUCUCGAAGGAGCAGUGAUGCCAGACCGAGUCCUAAAGCCGGAGGACUUUAAUCAAAGGAAUUCAGGUCAAGGGUGGCGACCUCAGAUUGGGAUGUCACGGAAUAGUAUGUACCGAGGAAAAGACAUGGGCCCAGCCAAUCGAAUGAUCAGACAUGGGGUUCCUAAUCAAUUCGGAGCUCGAAUUCCCCCUCCCAGGAACAUGGGCCACCAAGGAGGAGGCUACCAGCAAAGAGAUAGAGAUGGUAGAGGAGGAUAUGGUAACCAUGGCAACAACUCUGGAUAUGGUAACAGAGACCGACAGGAUUGGAAGAGUGGUGGAGGAAGAGGAGGAGGGUACCAGCAAGGAGGUGGAAGAGGAGGGUACCAGCAAAGUGGAGGAGGGUACCAGCAAAGUGGAAGAGGAUACCAGCAAAGUGGAGGAGGGUACCAGCAAGGAGGUGGAAGAGGAGGGUACCAGCAAUACAGUCAGAGUAACCAAGGCUACCAGCAACAGCAGCAGAGAGGCUAUAAUAGAGGUGGUUACCAAGGCAACAGCUACAACACCAGAGGAAAUUCUGGAUACAACAAUCGAGGAGGGGGGUACAACAGAGGGGGCUACCAGCAGCGGUCUUUCGAGUGAUUUGAGGACAUGGCUGUGAUUUCAGUGAUUUCACCUGCUGCUGCUGUGGCAGGGUCGGGUGUGAACAGCUUGGACUUGAGAGUCCGUUAUCUCAGCAACAUUUUACAAUCCGUCAGUCAGCAUUUUAUUUGUGUGAAGGAGGAAGUCAGAACAUCAGAACAAGUUUUUUAACCAUAAGAUAAAUUAUUCAUAGACUAUACCUGUUACAAUUUAUGUAAUUUUCCGGAGAAUAAAAAAAGAUUUUAUGUAAUGAU